CACACCUUAAAUCCCCCACCACAUUAACAAUUUCAGGGAAGCCUCCUUAUACAACAACCCACUUCACCAGCUGAUCAGAAAUGGGGAAGAGGGGAGCAGAUGAGAUGAAAAAUCAGGUUUUGCAGGUGCUGGAAAUAACAAAUCAAGAUUGCGAAAAUCAAAAGCAACAGCAUCCUUAUGCUUUUCAUGUAUCUGGUCCUCGCAACGUUCCUUCUAUUAACUGGAGGGAUCUCAUCAACUCCACUUGGAAAGAUGGCAACUACAAAAGGACUGUAAUCGCCUGCUUCAUACAAGCAGUCUACUUGCUCGAACUCGACAGGCAAGAACACAGAACCGACCAAAUUGACGCCCUAGCCCCUAAAUGGUGGACCCCAUUCAAGUACAAACUCGUCGAAACGCUCAUCGACCAAAGAGACGGUUCCAUAUUCGGUGCAAUACUCGAGUGGGACCGAUCUGCCGCACUGUCGGACUUCGUACUAAUGCGACCCAGCGGUGCACCGAGGGCCGUUUUAGCUCUCAGAGGGACCCUCCUCAAGGGGCCCACAAUCAGACGCGAUAUCGAGGACGACUUACGUUUCUUGACAUGGGAAACCCUAAAAGGGUCCGUUCGAUUCACCUCUUCUCUCGAGGCCUUGAAAAUAAUCUCCGAAAAAUACGGGAGCAGUAACGUAUGCAUCGCGGGACAUUCUUUAGGAGCGGGGUUUGCUCUACAAGUCGGAAAAUCGUUAGCUAAAGAAGGGAUUUUUGUGGAGGCGCAUUUGUUCAAUCCACCCUCGGUUUCGUUAGCUUCGAGCUUGAGAAACGUGGGGGAGAAAGCUUCGAUAAUGUGGAAGAGGGUUGUUCGAUCGAUAACAGUUCCUUCGAGUGGUGAAAAUUCAUCGAAUUCUGACGAGGGGGCGGAGUCUUCGACGGUGUUGGGGUCGAAGAGGUGGACCCCACAUUUGUACGUGAAUAAUAGCGAUUAUAUUUGCUGUUAUUAUACUGAUCCGGUGGAGCCCGAAAGCGGAGAUGGUGGUGACAAGGAGAAUGUGAACAAAGGUGGGGCGAUGAAUAAUAAUAAUAAUAAUAAUGUUGGGGCGACGAUGAAUAAUUGUGCGGCGAAGCUAUUUGUGUUUUCGAAGGGGAAGCAGAAGUUUCUAGAAGCGCAUGGAUUGGAGCAGUGGUGGUCGGAUGACUUGGAAUUGAAAGCGGCGGUGAAUAAUAGUAAGCUGAUCAGUAGGCAGUUGAAGUCAUUGUACAGCAUGCCACCUCAUCAUCCUCCAACCAAAGCCAGAUUACUGACAUGAAAUUCACUCUCUAGUCUCUACUGCAUUUGUUUUUCUUUUUUCUUUUUUCUAAUUUUUUUUAAUGAAAUUGAAUAUAUUAAGUUCCUCAAAGGGAACUGAAGAAAAAAAUAGUAAAAAAUAAUAAAAGACAAUAACAACGAGUUUCAUGUUGUGGGUUUGUAGUCUGAAUUGUGAUUGGUUGUCCGCUGCAUUCUUGUGUUUGCUUGUAUGGAUAUCUUUAUUUAUUUAUUUAUUAUUUUAUUUUUUUUCUGUUUCA